ACCGAGGCCACUCACCGCCACUGUAAUACAGUGCACAGCGGAUUAGAUUGGCCCUAACAUCGCUCUAAAAUAGCUGUAGACCGUACUAUCUCGUUCGAGACACUAAAUUAAUAUGUAGCGUCGCUCUUCACGUAGUAGUGCUCUAUCUCGUUGCCUCCUCGAAGCACGUAUCGCCGAGAAGGACACAUUACGGAGUAAGAUGAGAUGUCGAUACUCUCAUAGCCAUGUUCGGCAGGUGUCCGACGUUCUCGUACUUUGCCUCUCCGGAUUGUCAUGUUUUCAACUAGCUCGUAGUCUGGGCCAUCGGAGACCCAGAUAUAAAGUCAAGACACUGACCGCUGGCCGUCAACCACUGACCAUGAAUAGAGAGCAAUCGCUUUCUGAAGGCUUUGCAUGCACCAUCAUUUUCCUCCGCGGUCCUCAGACUUGAUCUCGCCAAAAUCGAUCGGGCCUAUGACAGAUAUCGACAUGUCUGACAACAUUUCUGGGAAGUCUCAUGAAGGUGACGAAAGGCUUCAUCCCAAAGAGGGCAUGGAAGGCGGGAUUGAUCUUGGCUUCGAGGAGCUGGGAUUCACAUCUAUGGUGGAUGUGGGUGGACAGCUUCAAAAGAAGCUGAAUGCCCACCAUCUUUCGAUGCUCGCGAUCGGAGGUUCCGUGGGUACUGGCCUCAUCAUAGGCACUGGCAGCGCUCUCGCCAGAGGUGGUCCAGCGGCAAUUCUCAUAGCUUACUCUCUCAUCGGGUUCGUGGUCUACUGUGUUCUUGGUGCUCUUGGAGAAAUCGCGGCGUGGGUGCCCUUGUCGAGUGGUUUCGCUGGCUACGCAGCAAGAUAUAUUGAUUCGGCCAUGGGAUUUGCUUUGGGUUACUGCUAUUGGUGCAAAUAUUUAGUGCUUCCUCCGACACAGUUCACAGCCAAACCUUCGGAAGAUAUCUAGGAACUCAGAGAGUAUAUCUUCGGACUUAUUAUUAAGUAAAUGUGUAUUCAUUCUCGCCGUUAGUGGACAAAGUUGGUGUUACAAUAUCCUCGGCGAGCUUGCAGAUUCAGGAACUUUUGCAAGGCACAGUAGAACAUCCCAGGGUUCGAUAAACCCCUGGGCGCCUCACGCUACCUGGUUACCUUAGGUUAGCACGACCACAUCCACGG